AUGGAGGGCCUCCGCAUCAAGUAUGGGCAAUGGGGCUGGGAAGAAGAAGAGCAGAAAAGGGAGUGCGCGGAGUGCCAACGGAGCGGUGGACUUGUGCACCUUGCUCAUACAUUGUGCACAGUGGGGGCAACGGAUGACCACGCCGGGCCUUGGCCGAACUGCUUUGGAAGAUCAAGCAGACACUCUUCUCCACGGGAGAGGCCACACAAAAGGCUGGCGCAUUAUUUCAUGGAGGGAUUGGAGGCGCUGGCUGGCUUGUUCAGGAAGCAAACUGUACAAUUCGCUCAUGGCAAGGCGCACCUCAGCCGUGGACUUCCUCAAAGCCCUCUUGGUAUGCAAAGCAACCUGCUGCUUCAGAGUUAUGGGUUUCAAGUUCGCCAACAUGACCAUUUGCAAGGCUAUUGCAGGGAGGAAGAAGGAGACAGGCGGCGGCUUAGCAGUUAUGCUCAUCAGUUCGGCGUGCCAUUCAAGUUCCAUGGCAUUGCAGCUAAGUGGGAGACGGUUGGUGUUGAUGAUUUGGACAUCGACCCUGAUGAGGUGCUCGUUGUCAAUAGCAUCCUACAUUUUGGAAACUUGAUGGACGAAGAUGUGUUCAUCCUUUUCAUCAUGAAUGGCACAUACAGCUCACCGUAUUUUGUACCGCGGUUCCGGGAGGCGCUGUUCCACUACUCUGCAAUGUUUGACAUGAUGGAUGUCACGACCCCACGGGAUAGUGAUCUACGUGUUCUGGUUGAGCGUGAUCUCUUUGGUCAGUGUGCCCAGAAUGUCAUCGCUUGUGAAGGCUUGGACAGGGUCGAGCGCCCUGAGACAUAUAAGAAGUGGCAGUUGCGGAACCACCGGGCAGGGCUGAGACAGCUGUCAUUGGAUCCCGAUAUUGUCAAGGCCCUGCAGGAGAGUGUCAGAGACAAAUUUCAUGAGGACUUUGUCACUGAUGUGGAUCUUCAGUGGCUCCUGGGAGGGUGGAAGGGACGCAUACUCUAUGCAAUGUCGACAUGGGCUGCAGCUGAUGCUAUCUCGGAUUCUUAG